AUGAAAAAUAAAACCCAUUCGAAUUUUACAUUACCUCAUCCAAAUGAUAAUAAUGAAUUAUUUGCUAGUACAUUAUAUCAUGCAAUAUGUGUUUUUUGUAAUGCACCAUCACCACCAUUACCUAUUCGAAAACUUCUUUUACUUCUUUGGAAAAUUCUAUUGUAUACUCUUGGCGGUGUUGAUGAUGCAUUUGAACAAAAAAAUAUAGCUCGACGUGAAUACGACCUUGAACCUAUUGCUGAAAAUCCAGCUAAAGUUAUUGCAAGAAUGCCACCUAUCUCACCACCAUUAGCAGGUGCUGAAUGUUUAGAAAUACAAGGUCAAAAUGAAGGUGGAAGUAGUGCGCGACGAGCUAAACGACAAAGUUUUACAAAACAAUCGGCAUUAGAUUCAGAUGUUACUAGUGAUGAUGGUUCGACAAGUGGAAAUAAUACAUCAAAUGAUGAUGAUACUACAACAAUUAUGGCAUCAACACCAACAUCAUCUCUUAGUUCAUCAGAAUCCAUGACAUCAUUAGCUAGUGAUGCAUCAAGUAUUGAUCCAGCAUCAACUUUACUUAUGAAAGAAUUACCUUGGGUACCAAAAGUUAGACAAAAAGAUUUAGAAGUAUUUCUUGAACAUACUCGAAAGAAAUUUGUUGGUUUUACAAUAAAAGAUGAUCUAACAACAUUAAUUGGUUUACCAAAACCUAUUCACGAAAGCAUCAAAAUCCUAAAACAACAUUUAUACAUACCAUUAUCCGAAAUUCAGAUGACAAUUGAAGAUGAAGUUGUCAAAUAUCCACUUUCAAAGAAAGAAACUGAUAUAUCUGACACUGCUGCUGAACGAUUAUAUCGAGCAACUCUCGCACAAAUUCCACAAUUUCUUAUUGCUUUACUUAAAUUACUUUUAACAUCAACACCAACUGCUAAACCAAAAACAGAAACUAUUAAUAUACUUUGUGAUGUUAUUCCAGAAGAAAUGCCAUGUUCAAUGGUACAAACAAUGAAACUUGGAUUUGAUAUUAAUCGACAUAAAGAAAUGAUUGUCAAAUCUGUUUCAGCUAUUUUAUUACUUCUUUUAAAACAUCUUAAAGUUAAUCAUAUUUAUCAAUUUGAAUAUGUUUGUCAAAAUCUUGUCUUUUCAAAUUGUAUAACAGUUAUAUUAAAAUUUUUCAAUCAUAAUAUUCUUUCUCAUAUUCAAGCAAAAAAUACAAUUACACCUCUUGAUUUUCCUACCUGUGUUAUUGGUCCUCAACCAGAAUUAACAGCUGAUUUAUUUGAUCUACCAGAAACAGAAAAUUAUUGUUGGCGUAAUAUGUUUUCAUCAAUAAAUCUUCUUCGAAUUUUAAAUAAAUUAACAAAGGGGAAACAUGCAAGAACAAUGGUUCUUGUUGCUGUUAAAUCUGCUCCAAUUCUACGUAAAACUUUACGUGUUAAACAAGCUAUGAUGCAAUUAUAUGCAUUAAAAUUAUUAAAAUUACAAACACGUUAUCUUGGUCGACAAUGGAGAAAAUCUAAUAUGAUGGCUAUUUCAGCUAUUUAUCAACGUGUUCGACAUCGUCUUAAUGAUGAUUGGGCAUAUGGAAAUGAACAAGAAACGCAAACAUGGGAUUUUCAAACAGAAGAACGAGCACUUAGAAAUAAAAUUGAUACAUUUAAUCAACGUCGUUAUCAUCGUUUAUCAAUAUCUCAAUCAAAUAGCAAUAAUACUAAUAAUAAUCUAGCUAAUGCUAGUACACAAAAUGCUUCAACGAAUGAAUUUGAUUUUGAUAGUUUUAUUCCAUUAAAUAAUGAUUUAUUAACUGCACUUUCAUCAAAUUCUAAUUUAGGUGAUCAUGAUCUACCUGAAUCAUUUAAACGACAUUAUGAACAAUGGCUUAAUGAUGAAGUAUUUAAUGUUGAACAACAAACAGAUUGGGAUGCUUUAUUACAACCAAAAUCAAUUGUCAUUUAUUAA